CAAAUUCUCCACUGGAGGAUAGUACUUGUCUCCACCCACAGCUCAGCCCUCCACGUUACAGAACGUCCCUUCUCCAGUCGCCUGAUGAAAUUCCGCCUCUUGUGUUAGACCUGGUCCCAUUCCCACAUCCCACGCGAAGCUCUCCUGGACCAGUUAUUCCAGCCCGAAUAUCUUUUGACACUUGGGGACCCCACCCCACUAACACUGAAUUAUGUUACAGUCUCGUGACUCUGUUAUCGGAGGGUGGGACCCCAUUUCUGGCGGAACUUCUACACUGAGCCCAGGAUCCGGCUUCAAUAAAGCUGAAAGAAUGGAUGGGCAGUAAAGGAACGCUCCUGGCCCAGCCCCUUCUCGCCAUUUCCCAGCACCUACCCCUCUUCCCACCAGAGUCGGACCGUGUGGGUCUGACCUCCCGACGCCGCCAGCAGCCUCUGGGUGGGCCGAUAGCCCACCAUUUAGGGACACAUCUGCGUCCAGGGCGCUUCCCCGCCGCCUGCUUUCCCACCACUCGGCCCUGACGCAGACCCCGCGCAGAGCCGGGCGCUCUGCUCCCACCUCCUGCACCCAGAGCGGCUGUCCGUUGGAAGCCAGGCUGGUUUCGGGACUCGCGGCCACCAGCGCCCACCACCCCCGGGACUAGCGGCCGGGGCGCGGUGUUGCCCUCUCUCCCGCGCGGCCAUUGGGCGGCCUGGGCGCGCCCUCAGCACGGCGGGCCCUCCCCACCUCCACGGUUCUCCUCCCCCAUCCCCGGGGAGGGGCUGCCGAGGGGCGUCCGGUUACAUCUCCGCCUUCCAUCCUCCCGCGCGGAACCGCAGGGCUAGCGGUACCGCAGUUGGAGACCAUGUGGGCCGCCGUCCGCGGGAGUGGGGCUGCGUGGACGAGGGCGCUGCUGCUGCUGCUGUUGCUGGCGGGGCCUGGGGGCUGCCUGCGCCGCCAGGAGCUCUUCCCCUUCGGGCACGGACACCAGGACCUGGAGCUGGAGCCCGGCGACGACCGCGUCUCCCCUGCCCUGGAGCUGAGCACUGCGCUGCGCUUCUACGACAACUCCGACAUUCGCUCCGUCUACGUCACCACGAAUGGCCUCAUUGCGAUGAGUGAACCCCCAGCUGAAGAAGCUCAUCCUGGGCUCUUCCCUCCAACUUUCGGGGCAGUGGCACCUUUCCUGGCAGACUUGGACACGACAGAUGGCCUCGGGAAGGUUUAUUAUCGAGAGGACCUUUCUCCCUCUGUCACUCAGCUGGCAGCAGAGUAUGUCCAGAGAGGGUUCCCAGAAGUCUCUUUCCGGCCCAGUAGUGUGGUGGUUGUCACCUGGGAAUCGGUGGCCCCCUACCAAGGACCCAACGAGGACCCUGCCCAGGAAGGCAAGAGAAACACAUUCCAGGCUGUUCUGGCCUCCUCUGACUCCAGCUCCUACGCCAUUUUCCUUUAUCCUGAAGAUGGUCUGCAGUUCACGACAACAUUCUCAAAGAAGGAUGAGAACCAGGUUCCCGCAGUGGUUGCGUUCAGUCAAGGUCAAGUGGGACUCGUAUGGAAGACCGACGGAGCUUUUAAUAUAUUUGCUAAUGACAGAGAAUCAAUUGGAAAUUUGGCCAAGAGUAGCAACUCUGGGCAGCAGGGUAUCUGGGUGUUUGAGAUUGGGAGUCCAGCCACAGUCAGUGGUGUGGUGUCCUCGGAUGUGAACCUCAGACCGGACGAUGGAGAAGAGUAUGACGAUGAAGAUUAUGACUCGGUGACAAGUCUGGGCCCGGAGGAUGUGGGCACCACAACCUUCCCCUAUGAGGCUCCGAGAAGAGGAGACACUGGCACAUACAACAUGCGCAGAGUCCUCUCCCCCCGCCGCCUGGUCACUGAGAGACCUGCUGGACCUUCAACCGAGAGGACCAGGUCUUUCCAGUUGCCCGUGGAGAGGUUCCCCCAGCAGCAGCCGCAGGUCAUAGACGUGGAUGAAGUUGAGGAAACAGAAGUUGUUUUCAGCUACAACACGGAUUCCCGCCCUACGUGUGCCAACAGCAGACACCAGUGCUCCGUGCAUGCAGAAUGCAGGGACUUCGCCACCGGCUUCUGCUGCAGCUGCGUCGCCGGCUACACGGGGAACGGCAGGCAAUGUGUUGCUGAAGGUUCCCCGCAGCGAGUUAAUGGCAAGGUGAAAGGAAGGAUCUAUGUGGGGAACAGCCCGCUCCCCGUCGUGUUUGAGAACACCGACCUUCACUCAUACGUGGUAAUGAACCACGGGCGCUCCUACACAGCCAUCAGCACCAUCCCUGAGACCGUCGGGUACUCCCUGCUCCCGCUGGCCCCUGUGGGAGGCAUCAUUGGAUGGAUGUUUGCAGUGGAGCAAGAUGGAUUCAAGAACGGGUUCAGCAUCACAGGGGGUGAGUUCACCCGCCAGGCCGAGGUGACCUUCGUGGGACACCCGGGUAAGCUGGUCAUCAAGCAGCGGUUCAGUGGUAUCGACGAGCAUGGACACCUGACUAUCGACACGGAGCUAGAGGGCCGCGUGCCGCAUAUCCCGGUUGGCUCCUCGGUGCACAUCGAGCCCUACACGGAGCUCUACCACUACUCCCGCGAUGUGAUCACGUCCUCCUCCACCCGGGAGUACACUGUGACACAGCCUGAGCGGGAUGGCGCUGCCCCUUCAAACAUCCACACCUACCAGUGGCGCCAGACUAUCACCUUCCAGGAGUGUGUCCACGACGACUCCAGGUCGGCUCUGCCCAGCACCCAGCAGCUCUCGGUGGACAGUGUGUUUGUCCUGUACAACCAGGAGGAGAAAAUCCUGCGCUAUGCUCUGAGCAACUCCAUUGGGCCUGUGCGGGACGGCUCCCCUGACGCCCUGCAGAACCCUUGCUACAUCGGCACUCAUGGGUGCGACACCAACGCGGCCUGCCGACCUGGCCCGGGGACACAGUUCACCUGCGAGUGCUCCAUCGGCUUCCGAGGAGAUGGGCGCACCUGCUAUGAUAUUGAUGAAUGCGCUGAACAGCCCUCGGCGUGUGGGAGCCACGCCGUCUGCGAUAACCACCCAGGAACCUUCCGCUGCGAGUGUGUGCAGGGCUACCGGUUUUCAAACGAGGGGACGUGCGUGGCUAUUAUGGACCAGCGCCCCAUCAACCACUGCACGACAGGCCUGCACGACUGUGACAUACCCCAGCGGGCCCAGUGUGUCUACACAGGAGGCUCCUCCUACACCUGCUCCUGUUUGCCAGGUUUCUUUGGGGACGGCCGGGCCUGUCAAGAUGUGGAUGAGUGCCAGUCAAGCCGAUGCCACCCCGAUGCCUUCUGCUACAACACUCCUGGCUCCUUCACGUGCCAGUGCAAACCUGGUUACCAGGGAGACGGCUUCCGCUGUCUGCCUGGAGAAGUGGAGAAAACCCGCUGCCAGCUCGAGCGAGAACACAUCCUCGGGACGGCGGGGGUGGCAGACUCACAACGACCCCAGCUACCAGGGCUGUUUGUUCCCGAGUGUGACGAGCAUGGGCACUAUGUGCCCACCCAGUGCCACGGCAGCACUGGCUACUGCUGGUGUGUGGACCGAGACGGCCGUGAGCUGGAGGGCACCAGGACCAGGCCUGGGAUGAGGCCUCCCUGUCUGAGUACAGUGGCUCCCCCAAUUCACCACGGACCCUCAGUUCCUCCCGCCGUGCUCCCUCUGCCCCCCGGGACCCACUUACUCUUUGCCCAGACCGGGAAGAUAGAACGCCUCCCCCUGGAAGGAAGCACCAUGAAGAAGACGGAAGCCAAGGCUUUGCUGCAUGUCCCGGAUAAAGUCAUCAUUGGACUGGCCUUCGACUGUGUGGACAAGAUGAUUUACUGGACCGACAUCACUGAGCCUUCCAUUGGGAGAGCCAGUCUGCAUGGUGGAGAGCCAACCACCAUCAUUCGACAAGACCUCGGAAGCCCAGAAGGCAUUGCCAUUGACCAUCUUGGCCGCAACCUCUUCUGGACAGAUUCUCGCCUGGAUCGAAUAGAAGUUGCAAAGCUGGAUGGCACCCAGCGCCGGGUGCUCUUUGACACCGAUUUGGUGAAUCCCAGAGGCAUCGUGACAGACUCCUUGAGAGGGAACCUUUAUUGGACAGACUGGAACAGAGACAGCCCCAAGAUUGAGACUUCCUACAUGGACGGCACACACCGGAGGGUCCUGGUGCAGGACGACCUGGGCCUGCCCAACGGGCUGACCUUUGACGCCUACUCAUCCCAGCUCUGCUGGGUGGAUGCAGGCACCAACCGGGCGGAAUGCCUGAAGCCUGGUCAGCCCAGCAGACGCAGGGUUCUUGAAGGGCUCCAGUAUCCUUUCGCAGUCACGAGCUUCGGGAAGAAUCUGUAUUACACAGACUGGAAGACGAAUUCUGUGGUUGCUGUAGGUCUUGCUGUUAACAAAGAGAUGGAUACCUUCCACCCCCACAAGCAGACCCGGCUGUAUGGCAUCACCACCGCCCUGUCUCAGUGUCCGCCAGGUCACAACUACUGUGCAGUGAACAAUGGUGGCUGCACCCACCUCUGCUUGGCCACCCCAGGAAGCAGGACCUGCCGUUGCCCUGACAACACGCUGGGAGUUGACUGUAUCGAGCAGAAAUGAGAAGAGUGUCGUUCCCUCUCUUAAGUAUUUCAUAGCAACAACCCUCCUUGAAAGGGUCCAGACUGAGAACUGUCUGACAUGGUGGCUGAGUGGCCACCAGCCUGAGCCUCGACAGUAUUCCCCUCAUUGUUUCCCAAAACAUAUACCCCAAGAUUCUGGAAUGGGAGUGUCUCUACCCCUACACAAAGACAGCAGCCCCCAACCCCAACCCUCAGAUAAGUAUAUACAGCCCCGAGGGAGGGUUAUACACCCCAUCCCAGUGCUCUGGAACCGUUUCCCAACUUAGCAGCUCAAUGGUGAGCAGACCCUCCUAGGCCUGAGCUUGCCCCUUUCCCCGUGGCCUUAAGAGCUCACCCUCUCUCUGAGGUACCCACCGUCCUGUCAGCUACUCCACACACCAGCCAGGGCCACGUCAGCAAGGCUGUAAGUGGAGGAGGGGGUUCACCCUCCCAUACUUUCCUACUGGUGCUCUGACUUCCCUCUUUAUACUCCUGGCUUCUUACCCCCAAAUUCUGUACCACUGGCGUCCUGCCCAAGGGAUGUGGGUAUUUGGUGGGUGAUACUGAGCAGCCUCUCCCAGGUAACUUAUUGGAAUUUCAGCAGCAGCCUUUGGUAGCCAAAAGCUUAAGUCAAGGGAGUGUCUACUGGUCGGAAUAUCAAACUGUGGAGUCAGAUGCUUGAGGAUGGGGAUUCUUUUGAUGUGCCUUAACUUACACCAAAGAUUACCAAAUUAUUCCUUUUUUGCCCAAAGCUCCUGGAUCCCAGCAUCUGGUGCCUUGGGCAGCGUAGCCCCACUGCUGGCACCUGUGUCCAGCCUCCUCAUGGAGACCCCACUGAGACCCAGGCUGGGGCAGUACCAGUGAUGCCCUCCAAAGCCCCUCACCUCUGGCCUCCACUCAUGAGAUCUAGUCUGCAGUCAACCAGGAGCUUGCUCCUGCCUUGUUUCUCCUUCCACCAUGGCUCUUGCUGGCUGUAUUCUCAUCCAAAGACACAAUCCAGGAGGGCUAAAUUGAAUAUUUAUACUAGUGAUCCAGACCCUUUACUGCUUAUUGGUAUGAUUAAAGGGACCAUUGCCACAUUUCAUGCUUAUGUUUCUACAAUUUGUUUAGAAAACAGCUCCUGACUAGAUAAGUAGCUAGUGUCAUAUAUUUAUCAACUGCUUCCCAGAGUCCUCAAACAGAAAUUUUGGAUUGAAAGUUGAACAUAAGGAGUUUGAGUCAGUAAAGAUGGGGAAGGAAGUAGAGAAGAUUCAGUGGAAAGUGUCAUAAAGAGAUUGAUCGGGACCAGGAGUGGAAAACCCAAGAGGAAGGUGGAGGAGGUGAUUUAAUGGUGGCGAUGAGAAAAACUCAGUAACUCCAAAGAGAAAACGGUACAUUUUGCCAAAGAACACUUAUACUUGAGGACAUGGAAGAAUUGGCCAAUUCUCCUAGGGAAGAGAUCCCUCCCCUCAUCUGCAAACCUCAGUCAUUCAGUCCCCCAAACCCCACUUCUGCAGCCCAUUGGAACCUGCAGGGAGAGAGCCUUUCGGUGAAUAAUUGGAGUUUGUUUUGAGAAGCAAAAUAUCCCCAAGAGAAUCACAAGGUUUGGGGAACGCAUGGGUCCUUUAUAUAGCCCAACCCAUAAAUUAGUCUCACUUUCUUUUUAUACUUAUCAUUCAUUCCAUAUCAAGCUCUCUAUAUCAAAUGUUUGUCAUGAUUUUGUAUAAUUUUUAUAACUAUUUUAUUCAUUUUACUAGAUUCAUUCUAAAAAUUUUUUUAAUGGUGAAUUCUUAAACUGUGGAAACCACUGAAGGUGCUUAUUAACUGUUGCCCAGAGUGUUGGACGAUUCCUUGAGUUUACAGCUGUAUUAAUAUUAGUGCAGAAAAUUAAAAAAUUUUGUUUAAAAAAAUAA